CCGACUUCGAGGAUUACCUCUUGUCUCCUUUCAAGGCAAAGGACUUCCAUCAUGAAAGCUUUCAUCCCCCUUGCCCUUCUCAUCCCUGCCGUAGUAGCCUUGCCGAAGGCAUCGGUGAAGGAGGAUGAUAUUUAUUCACACCUUAUUACUGACCCGCGCGAGGUUGCUGAGACGACCGUUGACUAUAUCAUCGCUGGAGGAGGUCUGACCGGUUUGACGGUUGCGAACCAGCUUACUCAGAACCCAAAUAUUUCCGUCCUCGUCAUCGAAAGAGGAUUCUACGAGUCGGACCGCGGACCAAUCAUCGAGGACCUCAACGCAUACGGACAGGUCUUCGGUACAGAUGUGGAUCAUGCUUUCGAGUCAGUUCAAUUGGCCAUUCACAAUCGCACAGAGAUCACUAGGUCCGGCAAGGGCCUUGGGGGUUCUACUCUGGUAAAUGGCGGCUCUUGGACUCGUCCCCAUAAAGCCCAGCUGGACUCCUGGGAAACAGUCUUUGGAAACAAAGGCUGGAACUGGGACAACCUGAUAGUCUAUUCCCACCAGGCCGAAGCUGUCCGUUUGCCCAAUGAGGUGCAGCGUGCUGCGGGUCAUUACCUUGAUCCUGCAUGCCACGGGUUCAACGGCACUGUCCAUGCUGGGCCCCGCGACACUGGUGAGCAGUUUUCACCCAUCAUAAAAGCGUUGAUGGAUACAGUAAAGGAGAAGGGUAUCCCGGUACAAAAAGACCUGUCCUGCGGUGACCCACAUGGUGUAUCCAUGUUUCCGAACUCGCUUUCUGAAACCCAAGUUCGCUCUGAUGCCGCUCGCGAAUGGCUUCUUCCUAUUCAUAACCGACCAAACCUGAAGGUUCUCACAGGACAGUCCGUUGGAAAGGUACUGCUUAACCAGACCGCUGGUGGCGCGAAAGCUGUUGGUGUGGAAUUUGGCACGCAUGCAAAGGCCAACUUCAACGCUUACGCGAAGCGGGAAGUUUUGUUAGCUGCCGGGUCCGCGGUGUCUCCCACUAUUCUCGAAUAUUCGGGUAUCGGACUCAGGUCCGUUUUAGAUGGGGUUGGCAUUGAACAGGUUGUUGACCUGCCGGUCGGUCUAAACCUUCAGGAUCAAACCACGACAACAGUGCGAUCGAACGCUACCCCUGAUGGCGUGGGUCAGGGGCAGGCUGCGUUCUUUGCGACAUUCAACGAGACCUUCGGAGAUUUCGCGCCCAAAGCCCAUGAUCUACUCAACAACAAGCUUCAGCAAUGGGCAGAGGAGGUAGUUGCUCGUGGUGGAUUCCAUAACGUCACUGCGCUUAUGAUUCAAUUUGAGAACUACCGUGAUUGGCUUGUCAACCAUGAUGUUGCGUACUCGGAACUGUUCCUUGACACGUCUGGACAGAUUAAUUUUGAUCUUUGGGAUCUUAUCCCGUUUACCCGGGGCUCAGUUCAUAUUCUGGACAAGGAUCCGUACCUGCACCGAUUUGCCUACGACCCUCAAUUUUUCCUCAAUGAGCUUGACCUCUUAGGUCAGGCUGCUGCUUCCAAGUUGGCCCGUGAGCUCUCGAACUCGGGUGAAAUGAAGCAGUACUUCUCCGAAGAGGUACUCCCUGGAAGCACCCUAGCCUACAAUGCUGACUUGGAUCAAUGGGUAGAUUAUGUGAGAGAUCAUUUCCGGGCUAACUACCAUGGCGUCGGAACUUGUUCUAUGAUGCUGAAGGAGCUCGGGGGAGUUGUUGAUUCGGCGGCGCGCGUCUAUGGUGUUGAUGGACUUCGGGUGAUCGAUGGCUCGAUUGUACCCACUCAAGUGUCCUCCCAUGUAAUGACUGUUUUCUACGGAAUGGCGCUAAGGAUCUCCGAGGCUAUAUUGGAUGACUAUUAUGCGUCCUUGUAA